ACUUGACCACAAACCAAAAUUUGGUCGCUAUUAUCAACAAAAUCUUUUGCUCGUAGUUCCCAUCACCACCAUCAUAUAACCAUUCAUUCAUUUUCAGGACUGUCAUGUCAUUGUCAACAGCUAGUUUUUUCUACCACUAGUUGCCAUUACACACUCCACCUCACCCACCGCACUCCGCGGACCUUAUGGCGGGAACCGCCCAUUUACUCAUCCUCACGGCGCAUUCCGCCACCACUUCCUCAUUCCCUCGUCCAAACCCUCUAUUUCUCGCUUCACGCCGCUGUCAUCUUCACUCCGCUGUUAAAUCCUUCACUCUACGCCCUGCUGUUUAUGUACCAUCUCCCUUCAGGGCCUGUGCUCAAUCCCAUCAGAUAGAUGGUAGUGGAGGCAAAGAGGCAAAAGGACUGACUUGGGUGGAACCCAUUUUGAGAUUUGCUAGGGGCAAUGUUUUACCCUUAGCUCUGAUUUCUGCGGUGACGUUAGGAUUAACAUAUCCUAGUCUUGGUUGCGCUGUUGACAAAUAUCAUGUGUCCAAAAUUGGGCCGUUUGGAAUUUUUGUUAUCUCAGGGUUGGUGUUGCGAAGUGAAGAAAUUGGUGCAGCUGUAGAAGCAUGGCCUGUUGGACUCUUUGGGCUAGUAUCUAUUUUAUUUCUUACACCAUACUUUUCUAGGCUAAUAUUGCAAAUUCAGCUCCAACCCCAAGAAUUUAUUACAGGGCUAGCCAUAUUUUGCUGUAUGCCAACUACAUUAUCAAGUGGUGUCGCACUUACCCAGCUUGCUGGGGCAAAUUCUGCACUGGCUCUUGCAAUGACAGUAAUAUCUAACUUGUUAGGAAUAUUAAUCGUUCCAUUUUCCAUCACAAAAUUUGUAGCUAGUGGAGUUGGAGUGACUUUACCCACCAAGCAGUUAUUUAAAAGUCUUGUUCUUACCAUAUUAAUCCCCCUUAUUUUGGGAAAGGUUCUACGUGAAUCUUUUAAAGGUGUUGCUGACUUUGUUGACGGAAACCGUAAGCUUUUCUCAGGGAUCAGUGCAUUUUUCCUCAGCCUGGUACCAUGGACACAAGUGAGCAAGUCAAGGUCACUGCUGCUAAUAGUGGAGCCCAAAGUUUUUCUUAUCGCUAUUGGACUGGGAGCACUUCUUCAUGUGACCUUAUUGGUAUUCAAUAGCAUUGCCGUCCGGAGUCUUUCAGUUAUCUCAGGUGGUGAAAAAUCAACUUUUUCUCGUGAAGAAAAUGCCAACGCACUCAUACUAGUUGCAAGCCAGAAAACAUUACCAGUAAUGGUAGCAGUUAUAGAGCCACUUUGCGGUGCAUUUGGAGAAUCUGGGUUACUGGUUCUUCCUUGUAUCGCAACACAUCUAAUCCAGAUUAUCGUGGACUCUUUUCUCGUAAACUUCAUGCAUCGCAAAGACAAUCCCAAUAAUGUCAAGUUGGCUUAAGGAGAGCAAAUUUUAGUCAUUCUGGCAGUUGGUCGCAGCAUAUUGUUUCCAAUCUUUACUAUAAUUCAAUUUAUAUAAUGGAUAUAGUAGAAAUAAUCUCUAAUUUCUAUUCACUUAUAGAGGAUUUAUAUUUAUUUCUCUAUGCUUAUACCAAAGCAUCAAGUAAGCAGUUCCCCUGAUGGAAGUUGGUUGAUAGCAUAUUUGGACUUUUACAUGUUCUCAUUCUCCAGCUGAGUGUGAUGAAGUGAUUAGUGAAUGCUACUUUUGUUUGUAUUUGGGGUAGUGAAAUUUACAGAGAAUUAUUGGCUUUCUGAAAAGCAAUGUAUAUUGUUCCUUUCAUUGUUUAAGUUUAAUUAGAUUUGAGUUAAGUAUAUUUUGAUCACUA